AUCGGAAAGCAACCUCUCCCCCCACACCAAUCCGACGCGUUCCAACCAACAGGUCAGAGCCAAGCGUUCUGCUAGCACAAGUAGGCUCCAACUUGGUAGAGAAAUUCCUGAGGAGAGGCUUGAAGCUUUUGCUCGCGUGUAGCUGCUAGCGUCCUGUUCGUUGGUUGAUUUCGUGUUGUCCCCGGUCAUGGAGUGGAGGGACAGCUUCCUGGACCUGGCGCUGAUCCCGCUCAGCCUGCUCCUCCCCAUGGCGUACCACGUCUGGCUGUGGCGCGAGAUCCGCCUCCGCCCGCUCCGCACCGCCGCCGGCAUCAACGCCGCCGCGCGCCGCCUCUGGGCCGCCGGCAUGAUGAAGGACAACGCGAAGAACGCGGUGACGGUUGUGCAGUCGGUGCGGAACGUGAUCAUGGGCUCGACGCUGAUGGCGACGACGGCGAUCCUCUUCUGCACGGGCAUCGCGGCGGUGCUGAGCAGCACCUACACGGUGAAGAAGCCGCUGAGCGACACCGUCUUCGGGGCGCACGGCGAGUACAUGAUGGCGCUCAAGUACGUGGCGCUGCUGCUCGCCUUCCUCUUCGCCUUCCUCUGCCACUCCCUCGCCAUCUGCUUCCUCAACCAGGCCAGCUUCCUCAUCAACACCUCCGGCUGCCUCAUCGCCGAUUCGUCAGGCUCCGGCGAGGGUGGCGACCUGAUCGGCCUGCCGUCCGCCAGGGACUACAUCGGCGAGGUCCUGGAGCGCGGGUUCACCCUCAACCUCGUCGGCAACCGGCUCUUCUACGCCGGGGUGCCCCUCCUCCUCUGGAUCUUCGGCCCGCUCCUCGCCUUCCUGUCGUCGCUGGUCAUGAUCCCCAUCCUCUACAACCUCGACGUCGUGGAUCUCAAGGGCCACAGCGGCUGCGUCAACGCGAAAUCCGCCGAGAUGUCCAACGGGAGCGGGUGCGCGCACGCCGUCUGAAACCCGAUCGAUCCAGCACGCAGUCAUGCAUCAUCGAAGCUAUAGGGACCUGAACCUAUUCUGAUUAUUUCUGAACAAACCAUGUGAUAAUCUGUAGUAUUUGCGAUUCAUUUCAGUAUGCUGCUGCUGCCACCACAAAGGCUGUGUGCGGGCUUUCCUCUCAAGAAGAGACGACGGCAGCUAGUGCGGCUAGCUGUUGUUUGGUGAUGGUGAUCCAUGUCGGGCGCCUAGCCGUCUUUAGCUGCUGAUGAUAGAAGACAGAUGUACUAGGAAAAUCCGCCGAUCCGUUGCACGGAUGACAUGGAACCCAUGCGUUCGGUUAGUUGCUGCCGGUUGCUUCAAUUCGUUCGCGAGUGCUGGUGCCUGGUGCUCGACAGGUUGACGUGUUGUGUGCCACUACGAGGCAUGCACAUUCCUAGCUGCCUUCUAUCUUCC